AGUCGCGCGCGAUCCGUCGAGCCGUAAACAUCAAGUUUUUUUUUUGCACGUUGCAAAAAAAAAGUGUAAGUGUAUCAAGCGCGUGCGCGAAUUAAAUUUUCAUUAAAUAUAAUAAUUAAAUUAUAAAAAAUAAAUAAAUUAGAUGUAAUAAAUGUCAAUUUAAAAAAAUAAUCAACUGCCUACAAGUGAAGCAAUCAAAUUUCUCUUUCAAAUUUAAAUCGUCAAAUCGUUUUCGCAAAGUUACUUUUCUGUUGAACUUGCUGAACUUUUUUUUAUUAUUUUUUGAUCAAUGAUUAUUUUGUGGUGAUAAUUUAGGUGUUUAUUGAAAUAAUUAUUAUCAAAUUAAUAAAAAAGGGAAUGCACGACAACACGGCCAUGGACGCGUGGAUUUACGAUGUGGUUUGUAUGAUGACUGAUAAUGUCCCAGAAAACAUAAUGCCAAAUAGCAGAACAAUGUCAAGUAUAAAACAAGAAGUUGAUAAUCCAAUGACACCAACAAGAAAUUAUCAUCAAGUUUGUUCACCAAGUACGACAAUUCAAGCAACAGAGGGACUAGUCAAAAUGGAUAUGCAAGAUUACAGUGGAGGUGGUGAAGGUGGUGGCAGUCCAAGUAGUCCAGAAAUGCAACACUGUUCAUCAACAACACAACCAAUUGGUACACUUGAGGGAGGUUUAAAAGAAGAAGAUUCAUCACCAAGACGUUUAUGUUUAGUGUGUGGUGAUUCAGCAAGUGGAUUUCAUUAUGGUGUUGCAUCGUGUGAAGCAUGUAAAGCAUUUUUCAAAAGAACAAUUCAAGGUAAUAUUGAAUACUCAUGUCCAGCAAAUAGUGAAUGUGAAAUAAAUAAAAGAAGAAGAAAAGCUUGUCAAGCAUGUCGUUUUCAAAAAUGUCUAAGACAAGGAAUGUUAAAAGAGGGUGUAAGGUUGGAUCGUGUUAGAGGAGGAAGACAAAAAUACAGACGAGCAACUGAUCCUUAUCUUCCAAUUAAAACAGUUACAUUAGAAGCCAACGUAGGAUUAUCAGGAUCAGAUGAAACGACAAACAAUAAAAUAAUAGAGGCACUCAUUGCGUGUGAACCAGACACACUAAAUGUUUUUAUACAAACAUCACAUGUAGUAGACGCUGAUCAACGAGUACUUGGACAAUUGUCAGAUCUUUAUGAUCGUGAACUCGUUGGAAUUAUUGGAUGGGCAAAACAAAUACCUGGAUUUAGUAGUCUUCCAUUAAAUGAUCAAAUGAGAUUAUUACAAAGUACAUGGGCUGAAAUAUUGACUUUCAGUCUUGCCUGGAGAAGUAUACCAAAUUCUGGACGAUUGAAAUUUGCUCAGGAUUUUACAUUAGAUGAACGAGUUGCACGUGAAUGUCACUGUACCGAGUUGUAUGCUUAUUGUAUUCAUAUAGUUGAAAGAAUUCAAAAAUUGGGUUUAACAAGAGAAGAAUUUUAUAUUCUUAAAGCAUUAAUAUUAACAAAUAGUGAUGUUAGAUUAGAUGAGCCACAAGCAUUAUAUCGUUUUCGUGAAACAAUACUUGGUUCAUUAUCUGAUUGUGUUGCUGCUGUAAGACCUGGACAAGCAAUGCGUGCAACACAAAAUAUGUUUUUAGUAUUACCAAGUUUACGACAAGCUGAUACAAUUGUACGUAAAUUUUGGUCAAGUGUUUAUAGAACUGGUAAAGUGCCCAUGAAUAAAUUAUUUGUUGAAAUGCUUGAAGCUGCUGGUUUUCGAUGAGACAACCAUCAAUCGAUUUUAACAUCGAUUUAAUGAAUAUUUAUGUGACAGAAAAUAAUUAUUGUUAGAAAAAAACACAAAAAAACAAACAAACAAAAUUAAACGUUACAGAUUGUGUGCUCCGAUUUUUAAAUUUAUAUUUUCUUUAGAUAAUAUUAGUAUAUCUAAUUAAUUUAUUAUCAUUUAUGAUUUUUUUUUCUUUAAAUUAAUUAUUAAUUUAAAUAAUACAUCAAUUAUCAUAGAUUUAUUCAAUGAAAUUAAUAUUUUUUUUUUUUUGGUUGUUAUUUAUUAUUAUUUUUUUCUGUUGAAUCAUUUGUGUUUGGGUACCCCAUUUACAGGUACAAAAAUACAAUACAAUAAUAGACGACCUCAAUAUCUUGUAGCCACUUGUGUCUCUUGAUAAUUUUUAAGUUUAUUUUUUGCCUCAAGGUGCAUUGAUUAAGAAAUAAAUAAAAUUUCGAUUAUGAAAAGAAACAAAAAAUAAUUUUAAAUUGUUAAUAUUUGUUUGAUGAAAAUAAAACAAAAAUAUAUAUUUUUUUAAAUCGGAGCACACAUAAUUUUGCACGAGUGUCAAUGUGCGUGUGGUUGAUAAUAUUAUUUUUAUUUUUUUCCAUCUGUAUCAAGUUGAUAGCAGACAUUUGAAAAGAAUGUUUUUUAAAAAAUAAAUUAUUACAAGUUACCGUUUGUUACCAUUAAAAUGACGAAAUAAAAAUAUAGACAAAUCAAAUUGUCACAAUAGUUAAGAAAAAAUAUAAAUAAACAAAUGAAUAAUUGAAAAAAAAAUAACAAUAAUUUUAAAACAUAAUUAUUGAUAUUAAAAAAUACAAAAAAAAAAUUAAGAAAAUGAUAAAUUUUUACGAAUUCGUACUGUUGUUUAUUUGGCCUGGCUGCCAAAUGACAACAAUUAAAAUUAAAUAACCACAUUAUCCAGUAGUAAAAAAGGGAAAUAAUGAAAAAAAAUUUUUACCAAUUGUUACGUAAAUAAUCACAAUAAAUUUUUAUGUGAAUAACACGUGCCAUUGAGGAACGUACAAGAGUUUAUUCAGGGAAACUUAUUAUUUUCUAGUUAUUAUUGUUAUUAAUAAUUAAAAAAUUAAUAGUUAAUAAAGUUUAAGAUAAAGCGAUAAAUUAUUGGGCCACGUGGACAAAAUUUCAAUUGAUAAAAAAAGCAAAAAAAAAUUAAUUUAUGAUAUAUAUAUAUUUAAAUGAAAAUUUUUAAAAAGUGGAGAAAAUUAUAGCAGUGCAAUAUAUUAUUAAAUUUUUUUUUUUUUGUACAUGCUGUUUAUAUUAUUUUAACACGUUUUUCAUUUGACAAUUAUUUGGAUUAUUAUAAAUUAAAAAUCAAAAUAUUUAAAAAUAUUGUUAUUUAAAUUGUUCAAUAUUUUUCAAUAAUAAUUGUUUUUGAUGUAAUAGACAUGAUCAAGUGUUUAGUAUGUAAAAUUAUUAAUAAUAACAUGGCUGUUUAGCCACGACGAAUUUCAUUGCAAUAAGACAUUUAUUAUAAAUAUUAUUAUUUUUUGUCAUUUAUCAAUUUUUGUACUUUGAUUUUUUUUUUUUUUUUUUUAAUAUUCUUUAGUGUUUUUGAAAUACUAGAGUGUUACUUUGACAAGAAAAGAAAAUAUUCAAUAAUUGUCUUGAUUUUUAGAAUGUUUAAUUCUAUUUUCUUUUUUUUUUUUUUUUAGCUUUAAAUUCAUUGGAGUUGAAAAUAAGGUGUUGAUACAUCAAACUGUGAUACAAAUCAAUUUUUUUUUUUCUUUAUUUUUGCCUCACACAACUAAUAAACUGUAAAAUUUAUGCGAAAUAAUAAAUGUUUUUUUCUUUUUGAAAUUUUCUAAUUUUUUGUGGAAAAUUUUUUGGGUUUAUGAUGUAUUUAGAAAAUAAAUAAAUGAAUAAAUUCGUCGUGGUAAUAGAAUUUUAGUCUCAGGGUUACAACGAACAAACAAAUGGAAAUAAAAUUUAAAAUAAAAAACAAUUGAAUAUUUAAUACAAACGAUGAAAAACAAAAAGAAAAAAUUUAAUUGGAGCGUUAUAAACUUGUAUACUGUAAUUUUAACAACUUGCAUUAUGAAAAGAAAUAAAUUUGCAAUUAUCUAAAUUGUGUUAACAUAAAAUAUAGGCAUUAUUAUAUAAAUAGUUGUAUUAAAAUAAUAGCCACCAUGUAUUUUACUACUUUUGGCACUUGUACAUAAACUAUCAUGGAAAAUAACAAAAAAAUAAUAAUAAAAUAUAAACAAUAAUAUAUAAAUUGAAUAAAAGUCAAUGUAAAAAAAUAAAAAAAAAAUAGAUAUUUUCAAUAAAUUACAUAAUAAAUAAACCAAAACUUUUAUGAAAAGUUCAGCUUGCUCAGGAUGCAUGGAAAGUUGAUGCUAACAAAACAAAAAAUAUUAUUGUGAUUAACUAAUUAAAUAAAACCAUAUUGUUAAUAUGAAAAAAAAAGCAAAAAUCAUAAAAUAUUAAUUGUUUUUUUUUUUUAAAUAUUACUUUCACUAUAAUCUAUUGAAAAUAUUUUUUUAAAAAACCACAACAAGCCUCAUUAAAUCACGUGAAUAAAAAACUAGAUAA